ACUUGGCUUACUGAAGUUGCAAAAUCUGUUUAGGAUUUAUCUGCGGGUUGUAUCGAUCUUUCCGCUAGUUCGGCAGUUUUUACGAUCUGGGCUGCCACCAAUCCACUUUUUUAUACUUAACAAUUUGUGUUUAUCGAAGAAAGAUCCAAUCUUUUCUUUAGUUGAUCAGUUUCAAAAUUGAUCGCUAUUUUUAGGUUUUCUAGCAAAUAGCAAUCCUCUUUUGCCUCUGAUCUGAUCUGAUCUGAUCUGAUCCGAUUGAGUAGAGUUAGAAGGAUGAGAGAGAAAUUAGGGAUUUUAGUUUGUGUGUUGUUUGUUCUCUGCAGUUCCUGCUUGGGAAGAUUUCUAGUGGAGAAGAACAGUUUGAAGGUGACAUCGCCCGAUUCACUGAAAGGUGUUUAUGAAAGUGCAAUUGGGAAUUUUGGGGUUCCUCAAUAUGGAGGAACGAUGACUGGCUCUGUUUUCUACCCUAAAUCGAAUCAGAAUGGGUGCAGUAGCUUUGAAGAUGUCGAAGCUUCCUUGAAGAAGAAGCCUGGAGGCAUUCCAAUCUUCCUUCUUGCUGAUAGAGGGGAGUGUUAUUUUACGGUAAAGGCAUGGAAUGCGCAAAAUGGUGGUGCGGCAGCUAUUCUUGUGGCUGAUGACAGGAAUGAGCCUCUUAUCACCAUGGAUAAUCCCGAGCAAGAAGAUGCAAGUCCUGAUUAUCUGCAGAACAUCACUAUUCCAUCAGCCCUUAUCAGCAAGGAUCUUGGAGACAGAAUCAAAAAAGAAUUAGCUAAAGGAGAAAUGGUGAGUAUUAAUCUUGAUUGGAGAGAAGCCCUUCCACAUCCUGAUGAGCGGGUUGAGUACGAGUUCUGGACAAAUAGCAAUGAUGAGUGUGGCCCCAAGUGUGAAAGCCAGUUAGAUUUCGUCAGAGAUUUCAAAGGAGCUGCUCAGAUACUUGAGCAGAAAGGCUACACUCAGUUCAUCCCACGUUAUAUAACCUGGUACUGUCCUGACGCUUUUAAGUCAAGCAAACAGUGCAAGUCACAGUGCAUCAACCAAGGGAGGUAUUGUGCACCAGAUCCUGAGCAGGAUUUCAGCAAAGGAUAUGAUGGGAAGGAUGUUGUUGAACAAAAUCUACGUCAAGCCUGCUUCUUUAAGGUGGCAAAUGAAAGCGGAAAGCCAUGGCAGUGGUGGGACUAUGCUACAGAUUUUUCAAUCCGCUGUCCAAUGAAAGAGAAGAAGUAUAAUAAAGAGUGUGCAGAUCAAGUAAUCAAGUCACUUGGAGCUGAUCUUAAGAAGAUAGACAAAUGUAUUGGAGACAUAGAGGCAGAUGUUGAUAACCCUGUUCUGAAAGCUGAACAGGAAGCACAGAUUGGAAAGGGCUCAAGAGGAGACGUUACCAUCUUGCCGACUCUUGUUGUGAACAAUAGACAAUAUAGAGGGAAGCUGGACAAGGGGGCGGUUCUCAAGGCUAUUUGUUCAGGUUUUGAAGAGACUACAGAACCUGCAAUCUGUUUGACUCAAGAUAUACAAACAAACGAGUGUUUGACUAACAAUGGCGGGUGCUGGCAGGAUACAAUUUCUAAUAUUACUGCUUGCAGGGAUACCUUCAGGGGGAGGGUCUGCGAGUGCCCCGUUGUGCAGGGAGUGAAAUUCUCCGGUGAUGGUUAUACUCAUUGCCAAGCUUCUGGUGCAUUAAGAUGCGGAAUUAACAAUGGAGGUUGUUGGAAGCAAACAAAGAAUGGACAUACAUACUCCGCAUGCAUUGAUGACCAUACAAAAGGUUGCAAGUGUCCACCUGGAUUCAAGGGUGAUGGAGUUAAUCUCUGUGAAGAUAUUGAUGAAUGCAAGGACAAGUUGGCUUGCCAGUGUUCCGAUUGCAAAUGUAAGAACACCUGGGGAAGUUAUGAAUGCAGCUGCAGUAGCAACCAAUUGUACAUACACGAGCAUGAUACAUGUAUAGGUAAAGAUUCUGUAACAGAAUACAGCUGGAACUUCGUAUGGGUGAUUAUUCUCGGUUUGACUGUGGCUGGAUUUACCGGAUAUGCUCUAUACAAGUACAGGAUCCGACGAUACAUGGACUCAGAGAUCCGGGCUAUCAUGGCGCAGUACAUGCCCUUGGACAAUCAAGGAGAGGUGCCGACUCACACGCCUGUUUAAGGAGCACCUUAUUGUAAAUUAGCAAAGCAAGUCACCAUCGCUUUAUUUGGUUGUGUGAUGUUUGCUUCCGUUUGCCGCCUAAUGAUUUCUGUACAUUUUACUAUCUAGCUUACAUAAAAACUCCUACUCAUGGAAAAUGUUCGUUGGAUUUAUAUUUUA